CAGAAACCCCCCCACCCCAUCUCAUCCUGAUCCAGGACCCUCCUGGUCCCCCCUGAUGCUGGGCAUCCCGUGGGGGGUCGCAGUGGGGGUCCCCGCUCAGUGAUCGGUAGAUGCAGUGGAAUGUGCUGGGGGGAGCUUGGGGUGCCGCCCCCCCCCCCCCCAGCUGUGCCCCUCACACCCAGCACCAUUAAGUCCCCCCCGUAGGGCAGCCCCAGGCACCCCCAGCCCGGAGACGAAGGGGUUACGGUGUGGGGGUGUCCACUGGGGUGUCCCCUCCGAGGAGCAGAGCCCGGAGGAUGCCCGGGGGUGGCGCAGGGGACGAGCUCCCCGGAUGGUACAUCGAGGAUGCGGGGAGCGGGAUGCUCUACAAGCGGGGACGGCUCCUGGGAGAGGGUGCCUUUGGGCGCUGCUACCAGGUGAUGGAGGUGGCCAGCGGCAGGGUCUACGCGGCGAAGGCUAUCCCCCGAGCCCGGCUGGCCACGGUGGGCAUCAGGGAGAGGGUGAGUCUGGGGGACGCACAGAAAGUCCCCAGGGAGGGGCAGGGGGCGAUGCCCACAGGGACCCCACAGAGCCCCACAGCCCUUGCCCCUUCUCCCUCCUUCCCGGGUCGCUGGGUGGGUUCCCAUCCCCGUCUCCCUGAGGGUAUGUGCUGGGGGUCCCCGGAUCCAGGGGGUACCGGGGCCGGGGGGGCUGCCAGGCUCACGCCGAUGCAGGUGGAGCGGGAGCGGGAGCUGCACGGCCGCCUGCGCCACCGGCACAUCGUCCGCCUCCAUGGGCACUUCGCCGACCGCAGCCACGUCUACCUGCUGCUGGAGUACUGCAGCCGGAGGUCCCUCGCCGACAUCCUGCGGGCGCGGGGGAGGCUGACGGAGCCGGAGGUGCGGUACUACCUGCGGCAGAUCAUCUCGGGGCUGCGCUACCUCCACGGACACGGCAUCGUCCACCGGGACCUCAAACCGAGUAACUUCUUGGUGACCGAGGAGAUGCAGGUGAAGAUCGGGGAUCUGGGGCUAGCACGGCAGGAGACUCCGGCCAGCCGGCGCUGGGGGGCAAUCUGUGGGACCCCGGGCUACCUGGCUCCAGAGGUUUUGGACCGUAAGGGCCAUGGGGUACCCUCGGACAUCUGGGCUCUCGGCUGCGCCAUGUACGCGGCGCUGACGGGCAGCCCCCCGUUCGAGGCGGCUCACCGGCAGGAGCUGUACCGGUGCAUCCGGGCAGCGCGGUACCCGCUGUCCCCCCACCUCUCGCCCCGCGCCCGGGCUCUCAUCGCCCGCCUGCUAGCCCCCGAGCCCGCGGCACGGCCCAGCCUGCGGGACGUGCUGGACCACGGCUUCUUCACCCAGGUGCGGGGCCGGCGGGGGUGGGGGACAGCCCACAGGGACACAGGGGGACACAGUGGGUCACUGCCUCUCGCUCCUCAGGGCUUCACGCCUGACAGGCUGCCGCCCCACGCCUGCCGCUCGGUGCCCAUCUUCGUGGGGCAGGACCCACUGUGCAGACUGGUGCGGGGGGCUGCCGUGGCGCUGGUGAGGGGGUGGCCGUGCCGGGAGCACCGGGACUCAGCACCCUGCCACCCCGGAGGACAGCCAUCUCCCCCCCACCCCGGCCCCGGCAAAGGAGCAGCUUCCUGAGCAGGACCUGAGCCACGCAAACAUCCGCUUAGGAAAACCUUUAUUAGUGCUAGGAACCGUCUAAAAUCCAGUCAUUGAAACAAGCGGGGUGGGACGUGACCAUUACGAACGGCGCACACACACCAGUUUGCCCUUAGGAAAAGGUUAACAGAAAAAAAAAACUAAACCCUAAACCUGAAAGGGACCUCUCUUCCCCGCCAGCCUGGGACGGGAUGGGGACGAGGAGCUGGGGGAGAAGGU